CUUCGUCAUACCUACGUAACUUCCUCUAAGCGCUGGCUCCGGGAAAACAACAUCGAGACGACCCGAGCCUGAAGAAAAACGCCUGAAAUACCCUCAACCUUAACAUCUGUGCCCUUCGUUUUCGUUGUAAUAUCUAACACUUGAAACACAAAAUGCCCCAGAACGAGCACAUUGAGUUACACCGCAAGCGCCAUGGGUACCGCCUGGACCACCAUGAGAAGAAGAGGAAGAAGGAGAGCCGUGAAGCUCACGAGCGCUCUCACAAAGCCAAGAAGUUAAUCGGGCUGAAGGCCAAACUUUACCACAAACAGAGACAUGCAGAGAAGAUCCAGAUGAAGAAGACCAUCAAAAUGCACGAACAGAGAAAGACCAAACAGAAGAACGACGACAAGACGCCAGAGGGAGCUGUUCCUGCGUACCUGCUGGACCGAGAGGGUCAGUCUCGAGCUAAAGUCCUCUCCAACAUGAUCAAACAGAAGAGGAAGGAGAAGGCAGGGAAAUGGGAAGUUCCGUUGCCGAAAGUGCGAGCGCAGGGAGAGACAGAAGUCUUCAAGGUGGUCAAGACUGGGAAAAGACAGAAGAAGGCAUGGAAGAGGAUGGUCACCAAAGUCUGCUUUGUCGGCGACGGCUUCACACGUAAACCUCCAAAAUAUGAGCGUUUCAUCAGACCCAUGGGCCUACGGUUCAAGAAGGCUCACGUCACACAUCCAGAGCUGAAGGCCACGUUCUGCCUUCCCAUCCUGGGAGUGAAGAAGAACCCGUCAUCGCCGCUCUACACGACGCUGGGUGUCAUCACCAAAGGAACAGUCAUAGAGGUCAACGUCAGCGAGCUGGGACUGGUCACACAGGGAGGAAAGGUCAUCUGGGGUAAAUACGCUCAGGUGACGAAUAACCCAGAGAACGAUGGCUGCAUCAACGCCGUGCUCCUGGUAUAAGACCACUGACUUGAUAAGACUGUGCCUGGAUCACUUUUGUUUUUUUGUUCACGGAGUGGAGGAGACGUCUGCAGACGGCGCCUCUGAAGAAUCAUGGCUGUGUAAAGUUUGAUAUGAAUAAAAUUGAUGUGACAUCAGA